UGUAAUGAUUUGACAUGACAGCAUUGUUUUUCGUACGCGCGCAUGUCUGACGACUAUGUGCCCGGAUGCUUUUUGAAGCUACUCCGGAGAAGUCAUAUCGAGGGUGACGAGAACCAGGAAGCUGCGUUUGAAGCGCCAACAGUGCCAGCGCCUGUGGCGUUCGCUCCGACUGAAGUGCCCCCACCACCUCAAGCACCCACAGCGCGUGCGGUGCCCCCUGCUCCUCCAGCACCCACAGCGCCUGCAGCGCCCCCUGCUCCUCCAGCACCCACAGCGCCUGAUGCAUGCCCACCGCAACAAUCCUCGACACCGGCUGGAGUGCCUCAUGAGGUUGUUCUCCGCAAAGCACCGAAUGACAAGUCUAUCCAUUGGAGUGCGUCUGGCCGCUUUACCCACAACAACAAGAAGUUCCAGGAUGGGGGCGUGGCCAGGAUUCUGUCGCAGCUCCCAGACACGCUUUAUCAUGAUGAAGUGGAUUUCUCGAACAAUGAGCUCACUUCGAUUGGUAUGGCUUCUGUCGUUGCCAUUUGUAAAAGGAGCUCCUCUAGGUUGAAAGUGCUGAAGCUCUUCAAGAACUCAAUCGCAGACGACUGCGUGGCGCAUUUUGAGGAUUUGUUGAAGAGUUGCAGGAACCUCCGCGAGGUACACUUGUCUCACAACAACCUGUCUCACCAUGGGGUGCUGAAGCUAGCAGAGUGCGUGGCCCGUUCCUCUCGGGCCGAGCCGUUGUGGCUCCGGGUGGAGCACAACAGCUUCAAGGCUCCAGGAGAACUCCUGAAGGACUUGGAGAAGAACUACCGAGCAUGUCCACGCCUGGCCGCUUGCAAGCAGUUUUGGUGCUCCAGAGGUAGCCCUCUCCACGUGCCCUUCCUGGGAGAGGUCUCCUCGAGGCUUACAUUGAGGUCUAGAAGCCGAACAAGGGAGAGGAGGGACAGACUCUCAGACUCACGAAGCCGCAGAGAAAGGAGAGAAUUCAGAGAGAGGUCUCGUAGAAGAGACAGCAGAGAAAGAGAACGAAGACAAGGUAGAGAUAGGGAAAGGGUUCGGGAGAGGGGAAUGGAAGAAAGAGACAGAGCUCGGGAAAGAAGAGAAGUUGAAGAAAGAGAUCGAGCCCGGGACAGAAGAGAACCGCAAGAAAGAGAAAGAGCUCGGGACAGAAGAGAAGCUGAAGAAAGAGAACGAGCUCAGGAAAAAGAACCCGAAGAAAGAGACAGAGCUCAGGAAAGAAGAGAAGCCGAAGAAAGAAGAACUCGGGAAAGAAGAGAAGCUCAAGAAGGAGAAAGAGUUCGGGAAAGAAGAGCAGCAGAAGAAAGGGAACGCGCUCGGAAAAGAGCUGAAGAAGGAGAACGUGCUCGGGCUGCUCAUGAAAGAAGAGAAGCCGAAGAAAGGAGAAGAGAAGCAGAAGAAAGAAGAAGAGAAGCAGAAGAAAGGGAACGCGCUCGGAAAAGAGCUGAAGAACGAGAACGUGCUCGGGCUGCUUGGGAAAGAAGAGAAGCUGAAGAAAGAGAACGAGCCCGUGGACGGGCAGGCGCACACUCACCUGUGCGGCCACCUGGGAGCUGGGCCACAGACGCGGAUCUUUGGCAACGCCUCGAACGGCUUGAGCAGAUGAAUGCGUAGGGGAAAAGGUCGAGAUAGCGCUUGUCAAUGUCGCAGCGAACACAUCAAGGGACUCAAGACCUACCAGCUACCAAUUGACAUGUAGCAAACGUCUUGAGGGCCAGAGUCAGAGUGUUUUGGGGUUCACUUCGCCCAUUAAACAGGUGCAUCAGCAAAGUCAUGCAAGACCUUACAACACGGGCCACAGGCACACUCAGGUAGUAAGGAAGUAUAUAAUUAUUAGGAAGUGCUACUGUUUGGAGGUGUGGGUGGAAGACAUGUUUGCAGAAGGGGCCCCUGCUUGAAGGAGGAGGAGAAACAAAAAGAGCACAUCACGAAUCACGAGUACUGAG